UAAGAUAGACUGCAUAAAAAUAUUAUAUUUAAAUUUAUAUGGAACCUAGUAACAGAAAAUUGCAAUUUAUAUGUCAUGCGUAGUAAACGCGUCUCGCAUGUAUGAAAAUGGCGCUUUCUUGUGCGAUUUCUAACGAAGUCCCGGAGCAUCCGGUCGUAUCUCCAGUAUCUGGCUCCAUAUUUGAAAAACGUUUAAUUGAAAAAUAUCUAGCUGAAAAUGGAGUAGAUCCUAUAACUGGAAAGGAAUUAACUGCAGAUCAACUUAUUGAUAUCAAAACUACUGCAAUAGUUAAACCCAAACCGCCAAGUGCAACAUCAAUUCCAGCUAUAUUAAAAAUUUUACAAGAUGAAUGGGAUGCCGUUAUGUUACAUUCAUUUACACUUAGACAACAACUUCAAACAGCUAGACAAGAAUUGUCCCAUUCCUUAUAUCAACAUGAUGCAGCAUGCCGUGUCAUUGCUAGAUUGACAAAAGAAGUAACAGCAGCUAGAGAAGCUUUAGCUACUUUGAAACCUCAAGCUGGAAUUGUUCAAGCUACAACUAUUCCGCAACCUGCACUUGCAGUAGAAGCUGGUGGUACAGCUGCUCAGCCUAUGGAACAAGCUGGUAUUACUGAAGAUGUAAUACAAAAGCUUCAAGAGAGAGCAACAGUUCUCACGCAAGAAAGGAAACGUCGCGGGCGUUCGGUUCCUGAAGAUCUAUUGCCACAAGAUAGCAUUCGCGCAUUUCAAACACUUGCUUCACAUCCUGGUCUUCAUUCAGCUAGCGUUCCUGGUAUACUUGCGCUUGAUAUACACAGUGCAGACACGAGUAAAAUUUUAACUGGUGGUGCUGACAAAAAUGCCACAGUAUUUAAUAAAGACACAGAGCAAGUUGUUGCAAUAUUGAAAGGACACACGAAAAAGGUUACCAGAGUAAUUUAUCAUCCAGAAGAAGAUAUUGUAAUGACUGCAUCACCUGAUACUACAAUACGCGUAUGGAAUGUAGGAACCAGUCAAACAACUUUAUUAUUGAAAGGUCAUGAUGCUCCUGUAACUGGAUUGUCCUUACAUCCAACAGGCGAUUAUUUAUUGAGUUCAUCUUUGGAUCAACAUUGGGCAUUCUCAGAUAUACGUACUGGUAGAUUACUGACCAAGGUUGCUGGACAAGUUAGUCAACCUUUGACCACAGCUCAGUUUCAUCCUGAUGGAUUGAUCUUUGGCACUGGCACACAAGAUUCUCAAGUAAAAAUUUGGGAUUUGAAAGAACAAUCAAACGUAGCUAACUUCCCAGGUCAUUCAGGCCCAAUUACGGCAAUUAGUUUUUCUGAAAAUGGUUAUUAUUUAGCUACAGCUGCAGAGGAUUCAUGCGUGAAACUUUGGGAUUUGCGUAAAUUGAAGAACUUUAAAACUCUCCAAUUAGAAGAAGGGUACGAAGUUAAAGAUAUUUGUUUUGAUCAAAGUGGAACAUAUUUGGCAGUAGCUGGAACAGACGUAAGAGUGUACUUGUGUAAACAGUGGCAAGAAUUAAAAGUGCUUAAUGAUCAUACUGCAGCCGCAACUGGUGUUCGUUUCGGAAAACAUGCGCAGUAUAUAGCGUCGACCAGUAUGGACAGAACUUUAAAACUUUAUGGUCUACCUUGAACAUUUAGUGACUGAAAUACAUUGAUUUAAGAACGGUUUAUAGUAUCUGUUAGCGAUCACUGUUGAUGUUUGAAGACAUGUGACGACUGUAAUAUUUUGAUAUUUGACAAUUUGAAAGUUCUAAAUUUAUUCUUCUUGAUUUCGUGUAUUGCAUAACUGAUUGCCUAUAUUUGAAGGACUAUCUAAUUCGAUAGAAUUAGGGUUGUAAAUGAUGGCUGUAAAUUUGCUAAUUCAGAUUUUGAACGAUAACGAUAAUUUUUGGGGUCAUUGAUACUUUUUAUUUUUUAACUUGAUGAUAUUUUCACGAAUCUUGAAUAUUAAUAAUUGAUGCCAAUCGAGACCUCUAAUUUAUAGUAUGGCUGUGUCGGCAAUGAAAGAUUUUAAGCUUUCUAAAGCUGAAAGAUAUAUACAUAUAUACAAGUAGCUCUUCAAAAUAUCAGAAUCGCGAUAUAAAUUAUAGUUGAUGGUGAUCGCUAACAAUAUGGUAUUAUAAAAUCAAUAUUAUUUUUAUGAAGAAAGUGUAAAACACAAAUUCUUUUGUCUGUCGUGUAUUAACUACUCAGGAUCGUUUAAAUUGAUGAAUGAAAUAUAAUCUAUUAGAGUAUACGAAAUAAAAUGCCUUCUUUUGUA